AUGGAAAAGAAAGAAGAUUUGUAUGAAGUGUUAGCUUCAUCAAAAGAUUUGGACCAAUAAAUAUACAAGGUGGUAAUUGAAAUGUUGAGAAAAGAAAACGUUUCAGACUGUUUAAAAUAUCUUUCUGAUGAUGAAAAUCUCUCAAGUUGUUUAAAUUCCAUUUUAAAAGUAACAAUUAAAACAAGUGUGGAUUAAGAAGAUCUAGUGAAAAAGAAAAUGAAGAUAAUGAUGGAAAUUUUGAAAUAAUUAAAAGAUCUUGACUUUAAUAAUAAAAAUUAUUGUGAUGAUCUCUAUGAAGAAUUUAGAAAAGAUCUAAUACAAAAAAUAUCAAAAGACGAUUAAAUAGCUUAAUUUUUACAAUUUUUAGUUUAACUAACAACCUUUGAUGAAACAUUUAUUUAAGCUGGAUCAAAUGGACUUAAUUUAUUAGUAGGUCUGAAAGUUGAUUUGAAGAACCAUUGCUUUUAAAACAUUCGGAUUA